AUGUACACCCAGAGCCAAGGUGACCCUCGUCGGCAGAUUGAACUUGCGCAGCGUCGAGCGAAACAGCGGGACCAGUCAGCCAUCAGUCAGGCCCAGCGUUCUGCCCAGCUCCGUUUUGAGAAAGACCUCCUGGACAGGGUCCAGGGGAAAUGGAUUGAUGAGGAAGAUCCAAGCGUAAGCUAUGUCGUGGAGGGCGGCAUCUGUGCAGUAUCUGGCGGAGAUAACGCAAGGACGUUCCGAAAUCGAUUGAGCGUCUAUGGCGGCGAACUCUGCUGGGAUGCCAGAAGAUUCUGGCACAACCUGAACUUCAGUGCUUUGCCUCCUCCAGAGGAGCAGGUCUACAGAGUCGAAUGGAACCCAGCGCAGGGAUCUCCGCCGACAAAGCAGAUUAUCUGG